ACGCAAUUUCAUGCAAAAUGUCCUUUUCCCUGCUUAACCAACCUCUUUUCCAUCAACCCUCCCCCAUGUCAUGUCAUCCUGUACACCAACCCUUCCUAAAACCACCUAGAACCUCAAGCUACAGGAGGCCAGGCCUUCAGCAUGUUCUGAUGUGCCCCCACCAAUAUUUUGUUUUUUCACAAACAUCCACUACUCUACUACACCUGACCUUAUAGAUUCUUUGAUAUUUUGACAUUUACUACGUCCCCUCACUGUAUUAUAUUGGACUUAUUUUGACUUGGUUGCUCUAUAAACUCUUCCAAUAUCUCUUGAGUCACAGAGGUUCUGGGCUGGAGAAGUGGAGAGGGAGAGAGAGAGAGGCCUUUGGAAUGGAGGGACAGAGGUGCUGGACUGGAAAAUUGGCGUUUGAAGUUAUGGGUAAGGAAAGGUUGGCUAAUAAAAGCUGGGAUGAAUCGAAGAAGAUGUGGCAUAUUGCAGCGCCGGCAAUACUUACUGCAGUUGCUCAAUUCUCUAUUGGACUUGUUACUGUUGCCUUCGUUGGACAUCUGGGAGAGGUUGAGCUUGCUGCUGUCUCUGUUGUUGAAAAUGUUAUUGAAGGUUUCGUCUACGGAAUCAUGCUAGGGAUGGGAAGUGCCCUAGAAACACUAUGUGGACAAGCAGUCGGUGCGGGGCAAAUGAACAUGCUGGGUAUCUAUAUGCAAAGAUCAUGGAUCAUAACCGGAGUCACAGCACUAAUUCUGACGCCUGUCUAUGUGUUUGCAUCACCAAUGUUGAAGCUGCUUCAUCAGAGCGAUGACAUAUCAGAGCUUGCAGGAAAGUACUCAAUAUGGGUGAUCCCUCAAUUGUUUGCUUAUGCUCUCAACUUCCCCACACAGAAGUUCCUUCAAUCUCAGAGCAAAGUCUGGGUCAUGACUAUAAUUUCUGGGGCUGUCUUGGCAUUCCAUGCAUUGUUGAAUUGGAUACUUGUCACCAAGCUUGGACAUGGCUUGGCCGGGGCUGCCAUAGCAGGGAACAUCUCAUGGUGGUUAGUGGUUUUGGCUCAACUAGUUUAUGUGGUUUCUGGGUACUUUCCAGAUGCAUGGACCGGAUUUUCCUUGUCAGCAUUCGAAAAAUUGGCUGCCUUUGUGAAGCUCUCACUCGCCUCGGCCAUUAUGCUGUGCUUGGAGCUCUGGUAUUACACCAUAGUUAUUCUCCUGGUUGGCCGCUUGAAAAAUCCAGAAAUAGCAGUAGAUGCCAUUUCAAUCUGCAUGAAUUUGCAGCAAUGGACAUUGAUGAUUGCUCUGGGUUUCAAUGCUGCUGUCAGCGUGAGGAUUUCUAAUGAACUUGGAGCAAAGCAACCGAAAGCUGCAAAGUUCUCGGUAGUGGUGGCUGUUACCACAUCAGUCCUGUUUGGGACAUUUUUCACUGUUGCAAUUCUAGCCACCAGGAGCCAUUAUCCCAAAAUUUUCACGGCAAAACCGGUGGUUAUAAGGGAGACAUCCAAACUCGGGUACCUUUUGGCAGCCACCAUUUUUCUCAACAGCAUCCAACCAGUUCUCCACGGGGUAGCAGUAGGUGCAGGUUGGCAAUUCUUAGUAGCCUUUAUAAACAUUGUGUCCUACUACAUUUUUGGGCUCCCAAUCGGUGCCUUACUUGGUUACAAGUUCAAUCUUGGCAUUCAGGGCAUCUGGACAGGGAUGUUGGCGGGAUGUCUACUUCAGACUGUUGUUUUGUUGUUUAUCAUGCUCCGAGCUAACUGGCAUAAAGAGGCAUUGCAAGCUGAGGAGCGGGUCAGAACAUGGGGUGGUCAAUCGGAGCCUCAACAAACACCAAAAGAGACGGCAAAUGAAAAUGGAGUACAAGAGUUGAUACAGCGAGAAUCUAUAUCGAUCAUGAGCCAUUGAAUAUAUUGAGAAGGGGUUAGGAAAAGGGAAAACAAAAAGAUUAUUAAAACAAAAUAGGAAGAAAGAAAGCAAAGGGAAAAGGAAACCGUAUUAAAUUUCUCACUGUAACGAGGAAAUUUGUAAUUCUAUGGUUCUACCUUCUUGAUAAGUAAUAACAAGUGAAGUGGUUAUCUUC